AUGCUGGCUGAAGAUCACUUUGAUGAGAAAGGGAAGAAUGCUCGACGGAGGAAGGAGAGUGACGGAGGGAAGGGCGAGAGCGGCGCAUGGCCAAUCAAACACUCCGCCUCGCACAACCAAAGAGAACGGACUGUGCCCCUCUCCACACAAGACAGACAGGGGUCUGCUGACUCCACCACCACAGCACCCCACAUUCCCCCCCUCAAACAAGCCCCCUCCCCCUUCUCCAACACUUCCUUCCCCUCUCUGGGCCAGAUGCCCAGCCUGGUCCCUGGAGCUCUGGCCCCAAAACCCUCCCCGGCAGGACCCACCCUAGAGAGAGAAGAGCCAUCCCAGUCUACCAACCCCAAGAUGGCUGCCCUAGUCUCCCCAGGCCCGGUGACCAUCUCAUCCCCAUCUCAAGCCAGUGCCCCCAGCGUGGCGCUCUCUGCCUCCCUUGGCUUCAGCCCAAAACCCCCUGUCUGGAAAGGAACAACCAACCAGUCGGAGGGCUCUAAGACUCCCAUCCUGGCUGCGGCUGGGUUCCGGCUUCCCCAGUCCAAGCCUGCUGGGGCUUCUGUGUUUGGAGAGGUGAGCUCCAAGACCAGCGCUUCCUCCAACACACCGUCAGCCUCCCAGGAAUCCUCUAGACCCUUCGGAUUUGCCUUUGGAGGCACCAAGAACAACAAGGCCCAACCGCAGCAGCAAGACCAGAACUUAUUCUUCCAGUGUAUGACGGGUCAGAAGACUGGCCAGAACUCUGGUGGUCCUAACCAGAACCAGACUCCGGGUCAGAGCCAGUCUAAGGACACCAAUUACUUCACAGCCGUGUCAGAGAGCUUGAGUAAGAAUCCUCCUAGCCUGUUCAAGCCCUCUGUCCUGGCCCCGGCAUCAGCUGGCCUGUUUAGCUCAGCUACAGCUCCUCUCAAAGAGCAUUCCAAAGUGCCUGAGACCCAGUCGGCAGGCAACGGAGUGCUCAACAAGCAUUUUGCAGGGGACAAACUCUCACCUUCCUUCAGCAGUGGCUCUGGGGGGAUGAGGUCCUCUGGUCUGGGCAUGGGGGCGAUGGACACUCCACUGGCUCUGGCCUCUGGAGCUCUGGGUGGUGCUAACAACAGGAGUGGCACUAACGGUGCCGCGGUGGGCGGCUUCGGCACCAAGACAGACAGCCACCAGAACCUGUUCCUCCAGGGCUCCAAGGAGCCCUCCAACCCCUUCCUGGCCUACGGGGAGAAGCUCUCCCACAGUCCCUUCAGUGGCAAACCAGCCCCUCUGGAGCCUGAGACCCUGGGCCCUUCUUCGGCCUCGGAGAGCAAAUCCAACCUGUUCACCAUGGUCGAGCUGCCCAAGGGCAUUCUGUCUUCCCCCUUCGCCUCCCUCUCAGCUGCCGCUGAGUCCAGUUCUUCUUCCCCAGCCCCUGGCUUCACCCAGAGGCCCCAGUCAGUCACCUCCUCCAAGCCCAAGGAGGGUUCCUCCACAGCAGAUCAGGGCUCUUCAGCUGAGGGUGGUUCUCUGGAUGACCGGCCCAGCUCCACCUCGGGCUUCCCCAUGUUUGGGAGUGCAGUCGCUGGAGGGAGUGGUGAGAAUGCACCCAUGCCUUUUGACCAGGGCCAGGCCCAAAAGUUUGCCCUGGAGGAGCGAGGUCAGGCAUCUAAACGUGACUCUGACUCCAGCGACAACAGCGACCUGUCRGACCUAAGUGAGACAGAGGAGGGUCUGGAGAGGGGCCAUGCACCUGGGGGCCUCGCGGGGCCCGUCAAGGAGGGAGCCAUGCUGCUGCAGAAGGGUAAAGGGCCUGGGGUGGCCAAGAGCCGGCCACGCAACAAGCCCUUCAAAGUGGGCCAAUCAGUGCUGAAGGACGUGACUAAGGUGCGUCGUCUGAAGCAGUCAGGAGAGUCAUUCCUGCAGGACGGUUCCUGUAUCAACGUGGCGCCCCACCUCCACAAGUGUCGCGAGUGUCGCAUGGAGCGCUACAGGAAGUACCGGGAGCAGGAGCCUGACGACGACGACCCCAACGUGGCCUGCCGCUUCUUCCACUUCCGCAGGCUGGCAUUCACACGUAAGGGCAUCCUGCGUGUGGAGGGCUUCCUGAGCCCCCAGCAGAGUGAUGCCAUGGCCAUGGGGCUGUGGCUUCCCUCCCCAUCCGUACAGGAGGGCCUGGACCUGGACACCUCCAAGUACAUCCUGGCCAACGUGGGAGACCAGUUCUGUCAGCUCGUCAUGUCUGAGAAGGAGGCCAUGAUGAUGGUUGAGCCACACCAGAAAGUGGCGUGGAAGCGUGCGGUGCGCGGCGUCAGGGAGAUGUGCGACGUAUGUGAGACCACCGUCUUCAACAUCCACUGGGUCUGCAGGAAGUGUGGCUUCGGGGUGUGCCUGGACUGCUACCGGCAACGCAGGAACCGCCCUAUGGAGGAGGUGGACGAGGGGCCUGAUGACGAGGUGUUCUCCUGGUUGAAGUGUGUAAAAGGCCAGAGACACGAGCCUCAGAACCUCAUGCCCACACAGAUCAUACCUGGAACAGCUCUCUAUAACAUAGGGGAUAUGGUGCACUCAGCCAGGGGCAAAUGGGGCAUCAAGGCCAACUGCCCCUGCACCAGCCGGCACCACAGGCCCCUAGUGCGCCCUAGCGCCCCCAAUGGCAUCUCACAGCAGUCUGCUGUCUCUUCCAGCACGGGGAGCAGUGGUAGUGGACCAAUCACAGGUGGCGGGGGUCCAGCGGGUUCAACCACUCCUAAGCCAGAGGGGGCGGAGAUGACAGUGGUCAAAACAGAGCCUACUUCCACCACAACGUCAUCAGAGGGGGGAGGAGGGGGGGUUGAUACUAACGGGGCCAACCAUACCUGCGCCCCCCCAAACCCUGCCCAGACCCCCACCCCCAAAGACCCUCGCCCCUCCACAGGUGAGGGAAACUCCACCGCCCUGCAUUGGUUGGCAGACCUUGCCACUCAAAAAGCCAAGGUGGAGGACACUAAAGAUUCUGGGUCGAUGCGCUCUGUGAUGGGCCGGGACACACGCUCUCCCUUCGGCCUGGACUCGUUCAGCGCCCUGUCCAAGCCUUCGUCUUCCUCCUCCAGUCCUAAACUGUUCAACAGCCUGCUGCUGGGCUCCAGCAACACCCAGCCCAAACCAGAGGGCUCCAGCCUCCGAGACCUGCUCAACUCUGGACCCGGGAGACUCCCCCAGGGCCCUGGAGACUCUGGAGUAACCUUCCCAUCUGUCUUCUCCACCUCAGCAGCUGGGGACAAGUUGAAGGGCAGCCUGCCUAACUUCCUGGACCAUAUCAUCGCCUCGGUGGUGGAGACCAAGAAGGCGGAGGGCCGUCGUUUGGGGGAGGGCGGCAGUGAGCUAGGCGGGGUUGGCCGUGGGACGGGGUUAUGGGUCAGCGUGCUAGACCCCCACACCUCCCACUCCUGGCUCUGUGACGGACGCCUGCUCUGCCUGCGUCCCUCCAACACCAACAACUGGAAGAUCUUCAGAGAGUGCUGGAAACAGGGCCAGCCGGUGCUGGUGUCUGGUAUCCAUAAGCGUCUCAAGGGGGCUCUGUGGCGGCCUGAGGCCUUCAGCGAGGAGUUUGGGGACCAGGAUGUUGAUCUGGUCAACUGUCGGAACUGUGCCAUCAUCUCUGACGUCAAGGUUCGAGACUUCUGGGACGGCUUCCAGAUCAUCUCCAAGCGUCUGAAGGGUAGUGAUGGUCAGCCCAUGGUUUUGAAGCUGAAGGACUGGCCUCCUGGAGAAGACUUCAGAGACAUGAUGCCCACACGGUUUGAUGACCUAAUGGACAACCUCCCCCUCCCAGAGUACACCAAGAGAGACGGCCGUCUGAACCUGGCCUCCCGCCUGCCCAACUUCUUUGUCAGGCCAGAUCUGGGGCCUAAGAUGUACAAUGCUUAUGGUUUGAUGGAGACAGAAGACCGGAGUGUUGGCACCACCAACCUGCAUCUGGACGUGUCUGAUGCCGUCAACGUUAUGGUGUACGUGGGCAUCCCUGAGGGAGAGGGAGACCACGUCAAGGAGGUGAUGACCACCAUCGAGGAGGGUGACGUGGAUGAGAUGACCAAGAGGAGGGUGUAUGAGGCCAAGGAGAAGCCCGGGGCGCUCUGGCACAUCUACUCUGCCAAGGAUGCCGAGAAGAUCCGCGAGCUUCUCCGCAAGGUGGGCGAGGAGCAGGGCCAGGAGAACCCGCCGGACCAUGACCCUAUCCACGACCAGAGCUGGUACCUGGAUGGGGUGCUGCGCAGGAGGCUGUAUGAGGAGUAUGGUGUGCAGGGCUGGGCCAUCGUACAGUUCCUGGGAGACGCAGUCUUCAUUCCCGCCGGGGCUCCCCACCAGGUCCAUAACCUGUACAGCUGUAUCAAGGUGGCGGAGGACUUUGUGUCUCCUGAGCACGUGAAGCACUGUUUCAGACUGACCCAGGAGUUCAGACACCUGUCCACCACACACUCCAACCACGAAGACAAGCUGCAGGUGAAGAACAUCAUCUACCAUGCCGUAAAGGACGCUGUGGGGACACUGAGGGCCCACGAACCCAAGCUAGCACGCUCUUAGUGCCCUCCACACACACACACACACACACACACACACAAUCUGCAGUGAUAGAGUAGAGGUGUCGGUGUGCAGAAAGAGGGGCGGUGAUGUGCUCACACAACUGUUAUUUUUGUUGUGGGGGGGGUCUAUAGUCAUUGCUGUUAUGACACGCUCUACACGACUUAGUUGUUUUCCAAUUUACUUCUGAUCAACUCUGUAUUUAAGGUCAGAGUGGGUCCUGUUUGUGUGUGGAAGAGAAGGGGAGCAUGUGAUGUGAGCUGACCUGCAGUUAGUGAGGGGGUUCAGCUUCUGUGUAGCGUCUGACUAAAUGUGAGCACUGGGCUGUUAUUUUUUUGCGAUAACUGUUCACCUGUUUUUGUAGAUUUUUUUUAUUUUUUAUCUGUUUCCCUUCCACCUUCARUGGUGGAAUUGGGACGUUUGAAAGAAACAAGCAUUGAAGGAAACUCGACCAAAAGGUUGUAUUUUUUUGUUGUCUUUCUUUUCAAUUAAAAGCAAGGACUUUUUUUGGGGGGGGGGUAAUUCAAAUUGUCUUUGAAUGCUUGACAGAGUGGCUUAGAGAAACGUCUCCAUUGGUUUGGUCACUUUUGUUGUCCUAAGGUUUGAAUAGAUUAACUGCAGACUUCAAAACGUUGUACAAGAAUCACGAUUCCAACUGAACAGAAACAACUGGCCGUUAAGUGUAUCAAUAUAUAUAUUAAUGAUAUUAGCAGUCUGUUUUGAUUUUUCAAAAUAAAGUUUACAAAAAAUACAA